AUGUUGGCGAACACACUGCGACAGUCUCUGUGCAGAUGUCGACCUGCCGUCUACUCCCAGGUCCUCAGACCUCUCAGCUCAGCCGCAAAUGGGGGAGGGAGAGGCACAGUGGAUCUUGGAAAGGAUGGAAACAUAUCCCAGCCGUUGUCACAUGCACCCAAGGAUUCCAUGAGUCCACCCGGAUGGAAAACUGCUGCAGUCCAGUCACUCUUCACCGAUGGAGUCAUGAGUGACAAAGCUGCUAUGGAGGCUACUUUGAAGGAGGGCAAACCAGCAGAAGUGGUCACUGGGGGUGCAGCAGAGGCAACAGUUCCAGUCACAGAUGUGAUGAGUUCAGAGGCAGUUGCUGAGAAAGGUGUUCCUCCAGAAGUUGUGGCUGGAGCUACGGGAGCAGCUACACCAGAGGCCAUGGUUGAAGCCAUUGCUGUGGAGGGGGUAACUGCUACAGGGGCAGUUUCAGAAGUUGUAGCAGAAGAAGUGGUGGCUUCAGUUGAAGCAGUCUCUACAGAAGGUGUGGCUGAACCAGCAGCAGUUGAGGAGGUGGUGGUUUCUGAGGCUGCAGCAGAGCCAGAAGCUACAGAGGAGGCAGUUAUUGCAGAAACAACAGGUGUUUCUGAAGAAGCUGCAACAGAAGAGGUAGUGGUGGCUGUGGAGGAGACAGUUCUUGAAGAAGUGGUGGCAAAAGAUGAGGCAGUCAGUUCUGAAGCUGUGUCAGAAGAAGUGGUUGUGGAAGGGAUGGCUGUUGCAGAGGAGGUGAUAGCUUCAGAAGAGAAAGUUGCUGCAGAAGCUGUGCCCCAGGAAAGCACUGAAGAGGUAGCUGCAGAGGAAGCCAUUGUUUCUGAGUCUGCCACAGAGGUGACAAAGGCUGCAACUGAAGGUGUCAUUGCAGAAGAAACAGUUGCUGCUGAAGAAGCAGCAACAGAAGAGGUAGUGGCAGGUGUGGAGGAGAAAGUCAUUGAAGAAGUGGUGGCCAAAGAGGGGGCAGUCCCUACAGAAGCUGUGGCAGAAGGAGUGGUGGAAGAGAUAGUUGCUACAGAACAGGUGACAGCGGUUGAGGAGGUAGCUGCUGCAGAUGCUGUGCCCCAAGAAAGCGCUGUAGAUGUGGCAGCUGCUGAGGAAGCCGUGGCUUCAGAAGAGACAGUUGCUGAAGACGUGAAGCUGGAAGAAGACACUGCUGCUGCAGAGGCUGUUGUGGAAGAGGUGGUGACUUCAGAAGUAGCUAAAGAAGAAGUGCUUGGUAGAGAGGAAACAGUUGGGGCAGAGGCAGUUGCUGAGGUAGUAACCAAGGAAGUUCCAUCUGACACUCUUGCUGACGAGGUACCAGUUGUUGAAGUGGCACCUGAAGAUGUAGCUCAGGCCAAUGCUACAGCAGAAGAGAUGGCUGAGGUCAUAACAGAAGAAGCUGAUACUCCCAUGGAAGCCAAGAAAACAUCUGAUGAGGAGAUUCCAGUGGUAGAAGUGGCACCUGAAGCUACAGCGGAGGCUUUAGAUACUGCAGCUGAAGAGGUGGUAGCUGAGACUCCAGUGGAAGCUGAGAAAGCUUCUGAGGAUAUACCUGCAGUGGAAGUAACACCAGAAGUAGCAGCUGAGGCUUUAGAUACCACAGCUGAAGAAGCGACUGUUGAAGAAGCUGAAGACACAGGGGAAGAGACUCCAGCUGUCCAAGUAGCCCAGAUGGUGGGGACACCUCCCGUGCCGCCAGCUGCAGACGACAUCACAGCUCCACCUGCAGCAGGUGCUGAAGAUGACGCUGCAGGUGAGGGGCAGGGUAUCUCACGUACAAAGUACAAUCAACACAUUUUGACAAGGACAGCUCUGUCAUGGACACUCUGUCAUUGCCCCCUGUAACAUCCCCGAUAGCAGCCCCUUGUCCUCGUGUGCCCUACCCUGCCCUUCUUCCCAUUUUGACAGUCACAGAGCAUCCAAAGACAGGUGAUGGCACCUAAUUUGUCUUACCAUGCAUGCCAAGUAUAAGAUCUACCUUGUUACAUUGUAGGUCCUUAUACAUGUAGAAGUCUUUCCCAACCCCUCUCAUUCUGUGCAGUCCUUAAACGGAUACCUGAACAAGCGUCUCAUACCCUUGACUACACUAUGGACAGCGCAACUGUCUCACAGCUGCAAAACGCACAAUUUACUUAGUACCAGUGUGGAACAUAUGUUUUCAGUUACAAUUCUUACAUGUGUAAGAAACAAGGAGACCUUUGGAUGUGUAUGGACAUAAUCUUUACUGUGUUGUAGGUACAAGGAAGACACAUAUGUCAAAACUUUGACAUUGAUGACAUAUAAUUCGAACUUAUGAUAUGUACAUGUAUCUUACAUUAAGCUACAAGACAAUGUAGGUUCAGACUUUGAGCAUAAUGAAUGUUAGAGCAAUUAUUGCAACCACUAUAAAGUGAAGUAGUUUGUAGACCCUAACAAGAGGACAUUAUAACUCACUCUCUGACAAAGUAGCAUGACAAAUGUAAUAAUACUAUCAUGGAUAGACAUUGAGUGCUUACCUCUUGUAUCUUACUGUCUGGUUAAACAAAGGGAAUGCUGUAAUACAAUAACACUAUAUGGAAGCCAGCUCAAACUAUUACCAAAGCAUGUUUGUGGAAUAAAAGAAGAGUCUCUGUGUAACUGCAUCUCAUUUUCCUUUCCUUGUGUCUUCUCACUAUCUUCAUCUCAAAUUGUCUUUCCAUUGUCUUAUACCAUCUCAUCAAGUUGCCUUACUUCCCCCACAGCCUUUAUUGAGUCCCACCUCUCCAACUAUGUGCAGUUUCAUAACAUUACAGUUACUGUUGUCUUCAUCAGUCAUCA